AUGCACCGCCUCCUCGCGAGGACGAUGAUGACGACGACAUCGAGAGUCACCGCCGCGGCCGCCGUCGCGUCGUCGUCGUCGUCGUCGUCGACGCGGACGACCCCGCGCGCGACGAUCGCGGGGAACGGCACCCGCCACCGUCGUUCGUCGACCCAUGGUCACCGUCAUCAUCGACGUCGGUCGCCCUCGCCGGCGCUUCGUCCUCGCGGCUCGAGCUCGCGGCUCGCCUCCUCCUCCUCCUCCUCCUCCUCCUCCUCCUCGGACGUCGUCGAACCCGGCCCGCCGCCGCCGAUCGCGCUCGUCUCCUUCACCCGCGGCGGAUCCGCGUCCGGCGCGUCGUCCGCGGUCGAGGUCGGACUCGUCGAGAACGGCGCGUGGAUCUGGCCCAUCCCGCGCGACGCCUACGGCGUCUCCGAGCGCGGCUGCGGCAUGCAAGCGCUCGUCGCGGCGUGGCACGCCAUGGACGCGAGCGCGAAAUCCCCCGCCGCGGUCCUCGAGCGCGAGCGACGCGGCGAUCCGAUCCCUCUGAGCGCCGCGACGCUCCUCGCGCCGUUGCCGAGCCCGCCGAGCGUGAUCUGCGUCGGGAAAAACUACAUGGGCGCGUCGUCCUCGCACUGGUCCUCAUACGACCGCGUUGGCGUGGUGAACGCCGUUCCUUAA